ACUUGGUGUAUUGAAUGCGCAGGCAGUCAGUCGCGGACAAACGCUCUCAUGGCUUCUGUGUAAUAUAUACCCGCCGCUGAGAAAGAGAGAAGGGAGAAAAGCAUAAUAACAUUUUAUUUAACAUACGCUGGGACAAUAGGAGGCAGUUUCCUAGACAUUGGAAAAUAGUUUCCUGAAACGAAAUUUAGUUGUUCUUCACCCGUGCAUGUUAAAUCGGGAAUACAUUAGAGCCGUAAGUCGGCUAGAACUUUUAGAGUUUCAAAGCAACACCAGCAAGAAGGCAUGAUUGUGCGACGGACUUCGGUAUUUUCUGCCUUUUACCUUCAUGCCUUUUUGUUAUGUUUGCCAACGAAGGUGUCUGACGCAGCGGGACACUUCGAGCUGGAAAUCUUAUCGAUGAAGAACGCGAACGGAGUGCUGCAGAGCGGCGAUUGCUGCGACAGCGCGAACCCGGCGGACCGCAGAUGCCCGCGGGACGAAUGUGAUACUUAUUUUAAAGUUUGUCUGAAGGAAUAUCAAUCGCGCGUUUCCGCGGAUGGGCCUUGCAGCUUCGGAACUGGAUAUACGCCAGUUCUCGGUGGGAAUACAUUUUCGACCAAGAACAUGCGGAGUGAAAAGUCACGGAUUGUUUUACCCUUCAGCUUCGUUUGGCUGAGGUCCUACACGUUGAUAGUGGAGGCCUUGGACUUCGAUAAUGAGACCGCCAGUGAAAGUUCAUCUAGACCGCUCAUAGAGAAAGCAUACCAUUCUGGCAUGAUCAACCCUAAUCGACAAUGGCAGAGGCUGACCCACAAUGGCCCUGCCGCACAGUUUGACUACCAGAUCCGGGUCACCUGCGACGAACACUACUACGGAUUCGGCUGCAACAAGUUUUGUCGGCCACGUGAUGAGUUUUUUGGACACUACACCUGCGACACGAACGGAAACAAGACCUGCUUGGAAGGAUGGACGGGUGCUGACUGUAAUACUGCUAUCUGCAGACAAGGUUGCAGCGCAGAACACGGAUCCUGUACGAAACCAGGGGGCUGCAAGUGUCAGUUUGGAUGGCAGGGUCAGUUCUGUGAUAAGUGCAUCCCUCACCCUGGCUGUGUUCACGGGACUUGCGGUGAACCCUGGCAGUGUCUUUGUGAUACUAACUGGGGUGGGCAACUUUGUGACAAAGAUCUGAACUACUGUGGCACUCAUCAGCCGUGUCUGAACGGAGGAACCUGCAGUAAUACAGGACCCGACAAGUACCAGUGUUCUUGUGCUGAUGGAUACUCGGGAGUCAACUGUGAAAGAGCUGAACACGCCUGUCUUUCCAACCCAUGUGCCAAUGGAGGGACGUGUAAGGAGACCAGUCAAGGUUACGAGUGUGUCUGCGCAGUCGGCUGGACCGGCCCAUCCUGCGACAUCAAUGUGGAUGACUGUACACCCAACCCGUGCAAACACGGGGGCACCUGUCAAGAUUUGGUCAAUGGGUUCAAAUGCACCUGCCCUCCCCACUGGACUGGCAAAAUGUGUCUGAUUGAUGCCAAUGAAUGCGAGGACAAGCCUUGUGUGAAUGCCAAGUCAUGCCACAAUCUGAUUGGUGGAUAUUUCUGUGAGUGCCUCUCUGGCUGGAUGGGACAGAACUGUGAUAUAAACAUAAAUGACUGCCAGGGUCAGUGUUUGAAUGGAGGAACAUGCAAGGACUUGGUGAAUGGCUACCGCUGUCUUUGCCCACCUGGGUUCUCAGGUGAGCAUUGUGAGAAGGACGUGGAUGAGUGUGCAAGCAACCCGUGCUUGAACGGCGGUCGGUGUCAGGAUGAGGUGAACGGAUUUCAGUGCCUGUGUCCCGCUGGCUUCUCGGGUCAGCUGUGUCAGCUGAAUAUCGAUUACUGCCAGCCCAACCCGUGUCAAAACGGCGCACAGUGUUUCAACCUGGCCUCGGACUACUUCUGCAAAUGUCCCGAUGACUACGAGGGUAAAAACUGCUCGCACCUAAAGGACCACUGUCGAACCACGUCAUGCCAAGUGAUUGACAGCUGCACUGUCGCUGUGGCAUCCAACAGUACGCCUGAUGGGCUGCGGUACAUCUCCUCGAAUGUUUGCGGCCCUCACGGGCGCUGUAAGAGCCAAUCAGGAGGCCAGUUUACAUGCGAGUGUCAAGAAGGAUUCCGAGGAACUUACUGCCACGAGAAUAUAAAUGACUGUGAAAGCAGCCCGUGUCAGAACGGAGGAACUUGCAUCGAUAAGGUGAACGUUUACCAGUGCAUUUGUGCAGAUGGAUGGGAAGGAGUUCAUUGCGAAAUCAACAUAGACGACUGCAGUUUAAACCCCUGCCUGAACAAGGGGACAUGUCAAGACCUGGUGAACGAUUUCUACUGCGAAUGUAGAAACGGCUGGAAGGGAAAAACUUGCCACUCCCGCGAAAGCCAAUGUGAUGAAGCCACGUGCAACAACGGAGGUACGUGCCACGAUGAAGGGGACAUCUUUAUAUGCAGGUGCUCACCUGGUUGGGACGGAAACACCUGUAACAUAGCCAAGAACAGCAGCUGUCUGCCCAGCCCAUGUGAGAACGGAGGCACCUGUGUAGUCAGCGGUGACUCUUUCACCUGUGUCUGCAAGGAAGGCUGGGAGGGGUCCACCUGCACAGAAAAUACCAACGACUGUAACCCACACCCAUGCUACAACAGCGGGACGUGUGUGGAUGGCGACAACUGGUACCGUUGCGAGUGCGCCCCGGGUUUCGCCGGGCCAGACUGCCGCAUAAAUAUAAAUGAGUGCCAGUCUUCUCCCUGUGCAUCUGGCUCCACCUGCGUAGACGAAAUCAAUGGUUAUCGCUGUCUUUGUCCACCUGGAAGAACAGGAUUGGAGUGUCAAGAAGUCGUUGGGAAACCCUGCAUUGUUAAUGGACAAGUAACUGCUGAUGGAUCCAAAUGGGAAAAAGACUGCAAUGUAUGCCAAUGUCAAAAUGGAGAAAUUCAUUGCACCAAGAUGUGGUGCGGGCCAAAGUCAUGCCGGGUAGGAAUGGGCAGAGGCGGGUGUCCCGUCGGGCAAUCUUGUGUUUCCAUCAAGGACGAACACUGCUUUGUCAAACCCUGCCCUAGCCUUGGAGAAUGCUGGCCCCCAGCACCUCCUCCACCCUCCAAAUGCCACGGCAGCUUCUCUUACCAGGACAACAGCUGUGCCAACAUCACAUUCACCUUUAACAAGGAGAACAUGCCUCAAGGCUUGAGCGUAGAACAUGUAUGCAAUGAGCUGAGGCAUUGGUACCUGCUGAAGAACCUUACAUCAGAGCAUGCCGUGUCCAUCACCUGUGACCCGUCAUUUACAGCCAGCAAUGAGAUUCACGUCCGCAUUUCCACGGAAGAGCAGAGGAUGGAGAGGACUCCUAAAAAAGACAUUACAGAUACGAUCAUUGACUUGUUGAGCAAGCACAAUGGUAACAGCACCAUCAUCAAGGCCAUUACCGGUGUACGCGUUCAUCAGACACCGAGCCCCAAAACAGACUACCUGGUUCCUCUGCUCAGCUCCAUCUUCAUAGUGCUCUGGAUCCUCGCCCUGGCCUCGGCUUUCCUGUGGUGCGUACAUCGCAGACGAAAACUGAACGGGCACGGCCACCCAGCUACCUCGGCCGCGGAGGACAACACCACCAAUAAUGUGCGCGAACAGCUCAACCAAAUCAAAAAUCCCAUCGAGAAACACGCUGGGCACAGCGUGGCCAUAAAAGAUUACGAGGGAAAGAACUCCAUCAUUGCCAAAAUUAGGACGCAUAACUCCGAGGUGGAGGAAGAGGACAUGGAGAAGCACCUGCAGAAAGCACGCUUCGCCAAGCAACCAGCCUACACGCUGGUGGAGAAAGAGGAGCGCACGCCAAACAAAAACCCAAAUUGGACUAACAAAAAGGACAACAGAGACUUGGAGACAGUACAGAGCCUAAACAGGAUGGAGUAUAUCGUAUAGCAGGCAGCUGUGUUGCCUCGCGACCAAACCCCCUGUUCCUCUCCCUCACAUAUAUGAACUGGAGACUUGGUUGUGCUUCUUGAACUGUCGCGUCGUGUUCUGGACUAUAAGGCUGUUGUUAGCCUAAAAUCCUGUGUUAAUUUAAGUUUUGACAAGCUGGCUUAACACUGGCAAUCGAUAGUUGCUGUGGAUGGCUGGAAAACCGGAAUGCUGCAUCACGCGUCCUGAUGUUUUCCUUUAGAAAAGAAAAAGUUAACGUACACAUUUCAAAUGUCUAUAUUUUUGUGGAUACGUUUGAGUAUCUGAAAGUGUGCAUAGUGUUUUUACAAAUAGUUGUAAGUGUUAUUUUUGUUUAUCAUGACAAUGCUCUCACAGCUAAAGUAGUCAUUUCUUUCUUAUCCAGCGGCUGUGCGGAAACUUUCUCUUGUCGGGUUUAUUUUUAGUUUGGAGCUGAAAGUGCCUUCACAGCUACAUGCCACAGCGAUUGUCGGAAUGAAUAAAAAGAACAAAAAAAUUAUUUAUUAUUUUUCUUUUCUUGGGGCGGGAUAGGUCGGUCAGCAUUCGCUGCCAAUAUGAAGAAUUGUGUCAAUUUAGAAGUGUAGAUAUGUAUAUUUUUUUUAAUUAAUCACUGUGUAUAUUUGAUUUAUUAACUUAAUAAUCAAGAGCCUUAAAAUAUCAUUCCUUUUUAUUUAUAUGUCCUGUCUAGUUUUGAAGGUUUCGAUAGCUUUGUAAGCCUAUAGCUAUGUUCGGACAAAUUCGUUUCACAUUUCAGAUACCAAAAUUUGAAGAGAAGAAAAAGCAGUCUAUUUUUUAAAAUAAGACGGGCAUUUGUGUGCCUGAGACUAGUUUUGUUUUUCUUUUAUACGUUGUCAGAUAUUUCAAUAUUUGAAACUUCUAUUGUAUGUAUUUUGCCAACGUUUACUUGCAUGUACUCGAUGCAGGUAAAGUUACAACUAUGGCUGCUUUUUGUUUGGAUACUUGGUGGCAGACACAUUGCUUGCCACAUAUGAAAAAAUAAAAUCAAUGAAAAAAACAAUAAAAGGGAACCAAGAGUCUUUUAGUUGCUUGUUGAUAAAUCGCUCUCUGGGGCGAGCGAAUAUGAACUCUCUAACACACAGAAAUCAUUUCUUUUUAGUUUUGGUUUGCAGUAUGUCGUAAGCUAGGCUAUGUGAAUACUUGAACAGUAGGGGGGCCAAUGGAAACACUGUAGACUGCCUUGCUUUCAGGAGUCCAUUUCUAUUGCUGUGCACAUGUAGUGUUCUUUUCCUAAUGCUUUUAUAUCAAGGCUCUCUAAAACCACAAACCAACAUGCUUAUAAAUCCUAUGAGAUCAUGGCAAUAUUCAAUGUUCAUAUUUUACCUUUGUUGGCCAUUCUUUUUUAGUUUGUUCCUGGCAAUAUUUUUUGAAUGUUAUAUUUAUUAAACCUUUUGUAUAAAAAGAAAAUUAAAUCUUUUUGUUUGCUUUUGAUUUGUUGUACAUUUGUGCUGAUUUGGGAGGACAGAGUUCGUUACAGUACGUCGUUUGGGUCAAAAGCACACGGUCUGUCCAAAUGUGUUUACGUGCAGUAGCUGUUUUGUUGUCAUUGGAUUGUGUACCGUGUGAAGACUGAAAUACUUUUCACCACAUGAUCAAUGAGUUAUUCAGUCAUAUGACUGAAGGGCAAAAGGCAAAACGUAUGGUAAUGAGUAAAAGAAGGGCUUUCCAUUGUUUCCAAAUAAACUAAAUAGUUACGUCGAUUUUAA